AAUUCAAUUUCAAUGCAAUUUUCUGAAUUCCAUCUGCAAACAAAAUCAAUCACUGUCAUCAUGAAAACAACAACGUUAGUUCCAUUCUUGAUCUUCCUGCUGAUUUUAGUAGAACAAUUCCAGUUGGUUUUGAGUACCGUUUAAAAUACGUUGGAAGCUGCUUUUAGAGACAUCCGGUGCCUAAAAUAAUUGAUCAGCUGCAAUGGGUGCAUCCAAAGGGCAAAAGCUCUCUGGGAUGCAAAGGCAAGUACUUAGUCUAUACAGAGGAUUUUUACGAGCAGUUCGUUCGAAGCCUGCUGAAGAUCGACGACAGAUUGAAUCGAUUGUCUUGGCUGACUUCCGUCGGAAUUCCAAUCAAGUAGAUCUAAAAAAAUUCCUCUAUAUUGAGUAUUUGCUUCGACGUGGUAAGAAGCAACUUGAUCAGCUAAAGAGUCCUGAUACAGUAGGGUUGUCAUCCGUCGAUGUCGGUUCAUCUAAGACCAAAUGCCGAUACUUGAACACAAUAAUAGACACAUGAAUUUAUGCCACCACACU